AUGUGGUGCGAGGACAAGAACCCCUACGAGAUCCUGGGGCUGCCCAGAGGCCCCGACACGCCGGAGCAGGAGAUCCGCAAGGCCUACAGGACGCUCGCGCUGAGGCAGCACCCGGACAAGAAUCCUGAGGCGGAUCCGGCGGCUUUCCUGCUAUUGAACAAGGCAUAUGAGCUGCUAUCAGACAAGGAUGCCCGGCUCGCUUUCGAUGACCUACUCAGGGCCAAAGCACAACGUGAAGAACGCCUGUCUCACCACAGUGAGAAACGCAGGCGAAUGAUGGAAGAAUUGGAGGUGAAAGAACGGCAGGCAGCUGAGGAAAGAACCGAGGAGGAGCGAGCAAGAGAACGCUUGAAGGUAGAACUGCAGCGGUUGAGAAAGAAAAUGGAGGAUGAGCAGAUUGCGAAGCAGCAGCAGCGGCAGCAGCAGCAGGUGCAACAGCAACAGCAGCAAGAUACGAAAGAGUGGAGGUCCACUGGGGAACCAGCUGGAGGAAGAGGGAGGCGAGGAUGCCAUUCUCACGUCCCUGAACUCUCGCAGAUCGUGAAAGUGACAUGGAACAGAGGCAAACAAGAUGAAACGGAGCAGACCCUCAGGGAGCUGUUCAGUGCUUUUGGGCCAGUGACUGCAGUGGUGAUGCGUGAGGCCUUGGCAACAAAGUCGAAGAAGAAGCGCAAGCAAACCAACAGUGCUCUGGUGGUGCUGGCAAAUUCAGAACUGGCUGCUAAGGCCGCAGACGCCCUGAAGGAGGGCACAGACUUGGAGUCCGUUAUUCUGAUGCAGAAGGUGGGCACUAGGCAUCCCCAUGAUGUGCUCUUGUAG